AGGGUACUGUGGAUUCUAUUGCUAUGAAAAGCCCCAAAGAACGAACUCAGAUGUUUGAAAAGAUAAGCAGGUACGUACUGUAUACACUCAUCACCCGAACCAAUCGGGGCGUAAGCCUGGGGCGGGCUAAUUGCCUGGAGUGGACUCACUGGACUGGGACUAAUAUCAGUAAUAACAGUGUUAUUACUAUUAUUUAAUACUGUUAUUACUAGUAUUAUUACUAGUAUUAUUACUAGGACACUAAUAUGGUUCUCAUUACCUAUAUCUAAACCUAAAACUCUAAGAAAAUUAUGGUUACAAAAGAAUACAUUCAUGGAUUAAUGCAAAGAGAAAGAGACAAAAUUUUUAUCACUGGUCUGGAUUUUGUCCCAGAGCUACAACAGCGCCAGCACACUAAAUUAUCCUAAUACAUAUACAUGCAUAACUCACCACAACGACUGGUCAUUUAUUUUUUUAAAAAGCUAUAUUCAAAACAAUAAAAAAUAUUCAAAACUUACUUUCCUUGAAAUACUAUCAAUCAUGCAGGCUUCAACGAAGUUACUACAGCUUUAAUGUUAGUAAGCUUGAGAAUUUACUGUAAUUUGCUUUGGAUUUUACGUUAAUUAACCCAGGAAUAAAAUAAAAUCUGCUCCCAGAUACGUGCUUUAUCCCAACCCUGUACAGACUAUAAUUUUGUAUUAAGUUUGUAUUUACAUUCAUCGCGCACGCGUGAAAUUCGCCCGGCCUUGAGAUAGCCAAUUCAGUCUAGUUAGUGGGAUGAGUCCUCAAUGAGCGUGCAGAUAUACAAUAUCUGUGACCGAAACGAAAUCCCUGUUUCAUUUGAAGGGAGCUUGGCUAGAGAGUGCUGAUCAUUUUUCAAAUUUAGAAUUUCUGUCUGCGCAUGCGCAAACACGUGCAAAUUGUUGACGCACCACAUGCUAAUGAGGAAUAUUGUAAAACAUAGAUAAAUACGAAGCAAGUUAUUUGUAUGGUGUGCGUGUGGUCCGAAGGGAGAGGGUUCUCACUUAGAUUUAGUAGCCACAUCGCCCCCAGGCACAUUCUAAUGUAGAAGAACAAUACAACUUCUCUGACCCUUGACCACGCGCUUUUUUAUGCCCGUGAUACAACCGAGUAUUCUUGACGUUCUAGAGUUUCUCCAUGAGUCAGUGUCAGUCCUGCCAGUCAGGCAGCGGUACAAAAGUUGUGUCUACUCAAGAUUUUACGAGCUUUUCAAUACGUACAUUAAUAGUACAUGUAUCGGCGCCAAGAUAACGAUGAUCUUUCUUGCACGGGCUCGUUUUGGCAGCAGUAGACUUAAACGGUAAAAUAAAAAAUCGUUGCAUGUAUGAAAUAUUAGCGCGUUUGUGUGUUAGACUGUGUGCAACAUUUUCUCAUAAUCUCAUACUGUAUUUUUAAACACGCGUUUAUUCGCGCGGCAAUCAUUGCAGUGACAUUUAAAUUCCGUGUCAUAUGACAUGUAUAAUCACGUCUGAAUAAACGCAAAUAGCUCGUUUGUUUUGUCGAAAAUAGUUACAUGUGUGUAAAACCCUACAUAAACUUUAGAUAGUAUAUAUUACUUACGCGAGGAUAAUAGACAAUUCCCAUUACAGACUAAUUUUAAAACUAGGCAAGGAGAUGUAAAUAAAUCACUACAGCUAGAAAGAGCAUACUAAAAUGAGUAAAAUUGCAAAGUUUGGUGGCGAAAUGUUGUAAAAUGCGGAAAAUAUAGCCUUGCAAAUUUUGUAUACUUUUAGCAUGCGUGCGGAAAUUGCUACCAUUUUCGGCCCAAAUGUGGUAGCAAUUUCCGCGCGCAACACAAAAGUAUACAAAAUUUGCGAACUUUGCGAGUCUCUAUUUUCCACAUUUUACAACAUUUCGCAACCAAACUUUGCAAUUUUACUCAUUUUAGUAUGCUCUUUGCGGGAAUAUACUUAUUUUCCAAGAUAAAAAUUAGUCCAUAAUGGGAAUUGUCUAUUGCAGUGCCAUGCAGUGGCAUUAACAGGUCUCAAUUGCAAAAUAAUUUCAAAACUGCGCGUUAUCUGACAGUGCAUCUUAAAUCAAACGCGAAUCACACGUUUGGUUUGUUAAACAUAUUAAUUUCUCAAGAUUAUCGUUUGCGGUGAUAGUGAAGUAAAUUACCCCAACAUAGUCAUAGACUUUACAGAUUAUAUACUCUUGUUAAUAUGACAAAUCAAUAAUCUCCAAGACGCAUUUGCUAUUCAAGUGACACUAUCUCUGUGUAAUAAGUACUGCAGUACAACUUUAUCGUCGAAAAUUCAAAAUCCCUAUCUUAGCCAAAUUGUACAACUUCAUUGCCGAAAGCUGAGUCACUCGGGUGCCUCGAUUUUUUCAAAGAUCAUGAAAAACAAAGUGACUGAGGUGGAAUCGCGAUAUCUCAGCAACCUCGUACCCAGGGCCUCCAGCGGUAGAAGGUGCUGGGCGAGGUUGAUAUCUCAACAGUAUAAAUUUAGUUAUAGUUUUGUAUUGUACUGCCAUCACUCGUCAACGCCAUGCAUUCUUUUAACAUUUAUAUAUUUUUUGUGUUUUCAACCAAAUUAUGCAGGUCGGGAGAACUAGCUUCUGACUAUGAGAAGAGGAAAGUUGAGAUGCAGCAAGCAGAGGAAGAUACGACAUUCAAUUAUCAGAAAAAGAAGGUAAGCUCAUGUUUUAGAGACUUACAGCUACAACCUGCAUGACCAACAUCAGUUUACGAUCUACGACGCGGCAAACCCGACGACGCGUCGCAAUUUCAGCUCAAGAAUGAGCGCUAAGUACUUUGAUGACUGUAAUAAAUGCUUGAAGCUUUUUAGAAUAAAGUUACAAACAGCUAAGUUCAGGUGAAAUAAUGUAAGGCUGACUUUAUGUAACACAUCUAACCAUAGUUCAGUAUAUAUUAACUAUGAUCGAACGUCGCAAUAAGCUUUCAGCUGCAAAGACGUGAUAAUGCUUAGUUUCACGUUGUAUUCAGAAUAACAACGCUGUUGAGGAUACCCCUGGGACCACAAAUUAUUCAAACUUUUUGUCUUGCAUGAAGAAUUCCUUUGUUUUGAAGAGUUGACUUGCCGCGUCGUCCCUUGCAACGUCCAUUAUCCUUCUGGUCCGAGAAACGCACCAUUAUUUUUGUUUUAAACUAGGUAAAAUUCAUUAACUUUAAUAGUGCAAGGAAAUUUUGUCAAAAAUAAGGAAAUUUUGAGCCGUUGGGAAGGAAAUUAUUUUUUUUGGGAGUGGAAGCACUGGAUUUUCAAUAGACCUGGGGCCAGUUGUACGAAAGCCGGAUAGUGAUAUUUUUAACGGAUGUAAAAGAGCUUGAAAAGAAACUUUAAUUUAUAAACACAAAAUCAACGGACAAUUUUAAGGAGCUUGAAAAAUCACUAUCCGGUAGAAAGCGCUAUCCGGCCUUCGCACAAUCAACCCAGAGCAACACGUACUUCAAUACACCUGACCAACACUCACCAUAUUUCAACAGACGUGACCCACACUGACCAUCUAGACCAGGCCAAUAUUGACCCUAUUUCAUUAUGGUCAAUGUUGGUCAGACUUGGACUCGAGACUUAGACUUUCCCCAAAUCCACGCCUAUCAAAUGUUUUUGAUGGAUUAAGUUCUUUAAGUUUUCCGACAAUAUUGUUUGGAAACUAGCGCUUUUAUGUUGUUAAGGAUGCCGCCUUAACGCUCCGCCUCUUCUGAGCAAUGCAAUUUUCGUUCAUUGUCGAUUUCCCAUUUUACAUAUUUGUGACUUGUGACAUCAUUAACUUGACUUGACUUGGACUGGAACAAAAUGGUUUCUGACUUGACUUGCACUUGCAAGAAAUGGAAAAAAAAAUGUUUUACCACUGGCACUAAAAAUUCGUCGAUACAUAUUGAACAGUACAGCCGAUUUAAAACAUUAGAAAACCUCAUUUCUUUUUUUGACUGUAAGUAUGUAAUAUUUACUGUAGUAUAUUUAACAAUUCGCCGAAGGCGAGGUGAUUAUCGGGGAAUAUUCACCGAGACGAAGUCGAUGUGAGAAUUCCCCGAUAAUCACCGAGCCCUGAGGCGAAUAAUUGUUUUAGUAUUUUUGCACAAGUCUUUUGUGUUUUUGGGACUGAAUUUAUUUUAAUUUCGCUUAUUUCCUUUUCAGUAACUUUCACAAAACGGCUAGCCGCCAUUUUGCAAAUUUCGGUUUUGUUAUAUUCACCUGUAGAUGAAUAUAACAGCUUAAUACGUUGACUAAUCAACUUGUAGGAUUUGUUAUAUUCACUUGUGCAAAAAUACAAAUAAGAUAUAAUUGUCACGGUAUGAUUCCCUCAGUAAAAGAAUUGUACAGAAUGAUUUGUGACAUGGUCACAGACAAAAUUACUUGACUCGGACUAAAUGACUUGUGACUAAAAUGGGACUUGUUAACAACUCUGCCUCGAUUUUUUUUCUGUGCUGGUGUUGUUAACUCAGGUGAAUAUAAUGUUUGUGAUGUUACUCUGAGUGUAUAUCCACACCGGGCGAGCUUGAAAAAUAUGCCCGGCCACGGUGGGAAUCCAAAGGUCGUAGGUUCGAUUCCCACCGUGGCCGGGCAUAUUUUUCAAGCUCGCCCGGUGUGGAUAUACACUCAGAGUAACAUCACAAACUCUGCCUUUCCAGCAAUCUGAUUGGUCGAAAUUGUGCGACCAAAAACCGAUACACCUAGCUGGAAGUGGGGGGCUACCACCUUUUCAAAAUGGCUUGCCUGAGCCGAGGCGACGUAAUGACUGUAUUUAAACAGACAUUUUAUACCAACAAAUUUAGACCUGACCAACGUACACCUGAUCGACAUUGACCGUAUUUCAACAGACACUACCAACAAGUUUACAGAUGAAGUUGAACGUUGAAACACAUAGUAUGUUAUAGGGAAUCGUGGCUGAAAGAAAGGAAGCCAAAGUGGAGAAAGAUGAAGCUGAAAAAUAUCAGAAAUUGGUCAAAGAAUAUGUGAGUGUUUUGUGAGUUUACGUGAGUUCCGGAAUGCAAUGCGUGGCAAGGAGCCAAGGACAGCUUUUUUGACAAGGGGACAUCACACGAACUUUCAUGAAGUGAAUUUUCGGUCAAGACUUGUGGAUAGAGUCAUGUAGAAUUGCAUUUCUUGGUAUUUCUUGUUUAUCGCUUUAAAUAAACAAUGCAAGAGCCUUACCCAGAGUAACGGAAGCGUGGAUAAUUGCUCCCUUGUUCUUCCAUUUUCCCCAUGGUUCUGACAUAGUUCUUGCUUUCUUUUUCAGAGUUAUACUCCUUACUAAACAUAUUUCUUUCCUAACUUAUAGAAUGACAGUAAAUUAGAGGCCCACCUGUUCAAACUGUAUCACAAUAAGAAGGAUAUUAAAGAUCUGAAUGAAAGUCUAGAUGAUAAAAAUAACAUCUUGAGAACCUUGGUAAGUCGAAUAAACUAAAGUGACUAAAGCUGCGUUGAAACGGGACCGGACGGAACCAUACUCAAAUUUGCACGAUUUUGCAUUUCAUGUUCACAUGCCAGUGUGAGACCCAUCAAACCAGACGAAUUUGGAUCAGUUAACCGUAUAUACUCUACGAAAUCUCGUGUGAACAUGGCUUUAACAAACUUGACUAAACUUGAAAUACUGUACAACGCAUGCAAAAAAAAAACACCACCGUUAAGUGGUUUUAAUUAGCAAGCAUUGUACAGUAUCCCUAUCAUGUAGUGGUAGCCGUGGUAAUGAUAAUAAUAAUAAUGACAUUGUCAUAUAAAUGAUUAAUACUUUUAACUAUAGAAUUGUCAAUGGGAAAAACUAUUCUGUACUAAGUUGAUGUAGUGACGUCACACCGAAGAGAUCGUCGGUCGGCCUCAGAAGUACUGGGUGACGUCACUACAUCAACUGAGUGCAGAACAAGUUCUCCACAUUAUCAAUUAGCCUUUUCCCAAAAGAGAUCACAGUGCAUUCUGGGAUCGUUUGGAGGGACAAAAUAUAUGGUGACAGGCGUCAAAUAUGUGAAAGAGAAGAAGUAUCUACUAUCAAAUUAUAUCAACAUUUUAGACGACCAAAACUGAAAUUUCUCCUUUUUACAUUAAACUUUUAAUUUAAAUGUGUGCUGCCAUAUUUCUUGUCCCUCCAACAUGGGAUUUGCGCGACUAGGCCCAGGACUUUGGGAAAUGACUAAUUGCCGAAAUAUAGAGUGCAGAUACAGGUGGUAUUAGCCAUUGUAUAAGCUUCAAAUUAAUGUAAAGCGGGAUCAGUACGUGGGAGGAAACCUGCACUGUUUGGUAGAGUCAAACUACAUCCAACACUCUUCAUACAAGUGACUUAAAAUUAUAAUCAGCGAACUAUAUAUUGCUGGAAUUGCAAUAUUUUGAGAAUACCAUGCUAAGAUGUUUGUGUAUAUUGUAGUUGGAGAAGCGUGCUCGUGUCGACAAUGAACUGAAAAACAAGAAGAAAGAACAAGGUGAAACAUCAAGACAACAUGCUCUGUUGGAGAGAAAGAUUAAAGACAAGGUACCACUCAGUUAUAGUUUUAGUUUGCGAAAUCUAUAACCUUCCAGAUAAGCCGGAGUUUGCACUUAAGGUGCUUUUAUUAUUCGCCCGAAAUUUUGAUCACAAAACAAUUACAUGUCUGUAUUUUCACGUUUAUUAGGAAUCCAUUGCAUUUCAGCUCACAGCGAACUCGUGCAUGACAUAAUCAACUCCCAACUUUUGCUUCUUUUUUUUUUCCAGGAAAAUGAACUUGGAGAAAUGAGACCGAAGUAUAUCAAGGCAAAAGAAAACACAGCACAUGUAACUAAGAGACUUGAAACUAAAAAGUAAGAAAGCCAUUAAUUAUUGUUGUACUGUUAUCACCAUCUUGUGAUGGCACAGAACGAAAGUUGUGGCUGACUCGUACCCAGUCCCUCAAAUUACCUCCGUCCACUGAUCUAUAUAAAUCGUAAUUGACGACUGGGUACGAGUCAGAAGUUGUGGUACUUUUGAAAAAAAUUGUUGAAUUAUGUUUCUUUGUAAUGUAUGUGGGAAUACACCGGAAAUACUGAAUAGGAAUAAACAAAAUCCUGACACUUACGUACGCUUACGUUCCUGGCUGUUUGUCACUUUGGAAUUUAACCAUAGAAAUAUUAGACCUAGAAUGCGUGCUUGGUCACGUGACCGGUGUCCAAAUUGAAAACAAAAAUGCCCUUAUAAAUCCGCCAUGUUGAAUUUGAGUAGGAGUGCAAACUACAAAAUAUAAACAAAGCUAAAACUAAGUUUUCAUCCUAAAAAUGUUUUGUCUUGCUGUCUAAUUUCUGGUUUGGGAUAGAUUUUGAAAUAUUAAGUUCUUUAAAGGCACAAAGCAAAUGUGCAGUUACUGACAAAAACGGUGACAAUCGUGCAGCCUUCAGCCUUGUAAAAACACAGUAGUUCGCGUAAAUAUAAUUUACUCAUAAAACAUUUUUGCAUGCUCUGAACGUAACUGUUUAGCUAGUAUUUUAUGAAAUUACGAAAUGAUAGUUCAUUCUUUGUCGAGUUUCGUUUUUCUUCAAUCUAAACGAAGUGUUUUCAUGUUUUUGAAACAAAAAUAUUUAGUUGUCGAUAUUACUGUAAAUCGCCUAAAUAAUCGUCGAAAACUAUGGUUUCAUUAUUUUCAAAAGCGUUGCCUCAUGCUCAAGCAACGACGAAAAAUAUACAAAGUGGUUGUGUAAGUUUAAAAAGAUUAUUGAACUCCAUUUACUGAUUAUAAAACUGUUGAAAUAUUUUUAGAACAUACAUAAUAUUGAGUUUGUCUUGAUCUUUCGUGUUUUGUUUUGGCUUGCAGAACAACGUUGAAAAUGUAUUUGUAAACGACGAUUUCUGUAUAUAUUCUGUUCAGCAAUAUGGCUUUUCGUAAAAAAAACCCACUGGAAUGGGAUUUUCUCCUUUACAAAACUUUAUUUCCACUUUAAGUCUCGAUAUAAUUGUUUUUGCAAACUUUGUUUGAAAAAACCAAUUCCCACCCCCUGCAACCGCGCGAAAUUCCUUGCCGCAAGAGUCUGGGACUAGCAAAAAUGCCCUUAUAAAUCCGCCAUUUUGUGGAGACAAAGUUUUUACUGAGAAAAGAUAGGAGUACGCAUUCUAUGUCUAUUAUUUCUAUGCAUUUAACCCAUUAAGCGCCAGCGCUCUCCCCUUGGCGAGUAAAAUCGUCUGACGUUAUACAGAGUAAAAUAAUAAAGUAGGGCGCAUCAGGGCGCAAUGCGACUCAAUGGGUUAAUUAGACAAAUGGGCAGAUAGGCCUGGCGAGUAAAAUUGUCUGGCGUUAGACAGAGUAAGAUAAUAAAUUAGGGCGCAUCAGGGCGCAAUGCAACUCAAUGGGUUAAAAAUACAGGAAGUCUUAAGCCCAUUUUCCACUAGGCAAUUCGUUCGCGCGAAUCGAAAAACAAAUCUUGGCAAUGUGAUUGGUGAGAGAAAAAAUUCGCCGCGAUUAAGUUGGAUCAGUUUCAAAUUUUUUUUCUGUUCGCGCGAACAAAUUCGCCUAGUGGAAAAUGGGCUUUAGUGUUUACAUGAGUUAACAUUUGUUCUGAUUUGUUUCUACAGGAAAAGUCUGACAAAGGCUCAGAACGUCCGUAAGAAACACAAAGAAGAGGUGCGAUUUUAUUUUAAUUUGUAAAUUUUAAUUGCACUUCUGUCCAAGAGUUACCGAUACCACGCCAUCCCCAUAGACACUAUUUAAAAACUCUAAUGAAAUAAAAUGGGAUCCUUUCCAGGCCUUUCUAUUUUUCUCACAACCGUCCGCAUUCCAUUCCAUAAGCCAACAUCACAGCUAUAAUCUGCCUUUUACAUUCGCCAAGAAUAAUAUUUGUUAUCAACUACAGUAUAUAUUUUCAACUGACAUGCAUAUACAUCAUAUUGAGAAUCAACAUUGGAAAAGCGGGAGAUGUGUGACUAAGCAGGUUUUACCUACAGCAUUUGUCAGCUUUAUUGAAAAAAUAUUUAUUAUGCCCGAAUGAAUUUUGGACUUGAUUGCAGUUUACAUGGAUAGUUGUUUUCUUGUUCAAAGUCGCUAUCUCUGAAAAAAUCUAAAGGAUCGUGCCUCUCCCCCAUUACCCGGUCUUGAAACCAUGGAAACGAUAGUCAAUGUCAUAAUUAAAUGUGUGGGGAAGAGAGGUGCUUGCAUAUUGUGUUUUCUGUCCUAUCCUGAUAUCAUUUUGUUUUAUGGAUUUGUAUAGAUCGAGCACUUGAAGGAGGAACUGACAGAAGUACGCAAUCGUGCUCAGCAAUAUGAAGAAGAAAUAGCUGAAGAAAGUCAGGGAGAAGAUAUGGAGCUAAUGGCAUCUCAAGUAAGUUACACUUGUAUUGAACACCUUGGAUAAUAAAUAUAUAUACGACCCAUUUCUGAUGGUGGAAAGGUUAGUUUUAAAGACCAUGUCAAGUCCGUUCUGCGCAUCAGUUCUGCUCAUAACAAAGGGGUAUAAACAUUGCCCAAAUUCUGCAUCUUUCGAACUUUUUUGAAUUGAAACGAACUCUAUAGUUUAUAUUAAUUUAUAAUAGCGAACCAGAAAAGUGUUAGAUAUUCAGUUAGUAUGUCUUAUUUUACAAAUAUAGCAGUGUAAAUCACAAUGUCAAAAUGUAAACAAAGGAUUUGUUUACAUUACGGACUUGACAUGCAUGGUCUUUAAGUAAAUAUCGAGAUCUUUAGGCAUUUCGCUCGAUAGAACUAAUAUUUCGAGCGGAAGGUGGAAAACCGGAGGAGAUCCCUCGAGACACUGAAGAGAGCCAACCGUAACUGUACUUACGUGAGAUCAAGUCAGAGCAGGGUGCCCAUCAAGUAAUAAUAACUACACGGCACACGUAAUCUGGCAGUGCCAUCUAAACAAUCGUCAAGGUGUUCUAAUUUUUUAAAAGAAGAACAAAAAGGGACGUUAAGCGUAUACGCUUAGACUAUAGGACUAUAGUCCUUGUAAUCGUUGGAACGUCCCGUUUCCAGGCGGGUAGACAGGCAUUGCUGGGCGGGCAAUACGACUUUGUGACUUUCAUUAUGUACUUACUGUACGUUAAGACAAAGGAAACCGUAUGUUAUUUUUAAAUACGCUUUAAGUACAUGCGAAGCUUCUCAAUUUACCCGAUUAAAAACUCUGCGUGUGAACUUCUUCCCUAGAGUAAUAUUUUCUUGGGAAAUGGGAACCUUGUGUUAUUGUGCAGAGAGAAAAAUCAUUAGAGUAGAAAAUAAUAGAAAAUUCACCCAAUUUUAGCUGGAAGAGUACAACAGUUUGCGUGAGAGAGUUGGAAUACAAACAUCACGUCUUCGUGAAGAACUGAAUAAGGUAAGAGACUUACUGCGGAAAGGUAUAUACCUGUUUAUAGUUGUUCAAUUUGACACAAAAAUCGUGAUCAACACACGAAGGCGUUUUAUAUGAAACAUUUGUUCUCAUCAUGAAUAUGCGGAUUUGGUGUAUGAUAUUGUCGUUAGAAACAUCAGUGUUUGUAACGAUUUACGAGAAAUUUGAAAGUUACAAUUAGCCUUUCUAACGUAAUAUGACCAGGCCUUCUACGGCACAGGAAACGUAGACGGUAACAAGUGAAGGAGUGAUUUUGGUCAAGUAGAAACACAGUACUAUUGUUUAUCAGUAUUAUUUACUUUUAAUCACUUGUUGUCAUCCUCUGUUGCUGCACGGUUUGCCCUAACCGCCUUUCGACCACACCCCCUGUCGUCACUUCCCACCGGGGGUGUAAGGCAGUCUGCGAGCAGACUAGGUUUGCCCACAGCUCAAUGGGUUUGCCACCCGAAUGAAACGAUGUGUAAAGUUUUAAGAAUAGACCCAUUGCACAUGACGUCACAGCGCCGGUGACGAUGUAUCUGGAGGACACAUUAGCAAUCUAUGCAUAAUAUAACUUUUGUAAACAAAGCAAAUUUUGUAAAAGUUUAUAACAAUUUUGUAUUAAAAUGGUUAACUUUUGCGCUGUAUGUGGUUGUUGUACCCGAACAGAUAUUGUUAGGGAGCAUCUGGAGGACACUCUAAGGAUUUGUGACGUCAGUGCAAUGGGUCUAUAACACUGUAUGUGGUUGUUGUACCCGAACAGAUAUUGUUAGGGAGCAUCUGGAGGACACUCUAAGGAUUUGUGACGUCAGUGCAAUGGGUCUAUAACACUUCAUGUGUGGAAAAGAGUCAAUUUUUAAAAACCUACAAAGUAGUAAAGUAUACAUGUUUUAGCAGUGCUGUCGAGUGUGUGUGUGUGUGUGUGGGGGUAUUUGGUCCUCCAACUCCAAAGGGGCCCCCUACUCCAAAGGGGCCCCCAACUCAAAAGGGGCCCCCAACUCAAAAGGGCCCCCCCAACUCAAAAGGGGCCCCCCCAACUCAAAAGGGGCCCCCAACUCAAAAGAAGCCCCCAACUCAAAAGGGGGCUCCCAAAGCGACGAAAUCCCUUAAAUUUUCUUGAUCCAAGACUGUUUAACCGAGAAUACAAUUCCUAGCUGCGUCAGGCCGGAUAAAGUGCAAUAUAUUAUAAACACCGCUUCUCCUGUUUUACAAUUAUAACGUCAUAGGAGACCCGGGCAGCGGUGUUUUAGCCGUGUAUUACAAACAGCAUAGAUAGCUUUACAUGUGCAACUUUAUCCAAUAAUUAUUUCCCUCUAUUCAAUGCCUGGAGUUGAAACUUUGAUAGCGCUAUCCGGCUUUCGUAUAACCAGGAGCCGACCCCAGGGGCCAGGAGUUGUAAAUGAGAAAUGAGAAGCAAACCACAGUUUGUUCUACAACGAACUUACUAUGACUUAUUUCUGUAUUUUGUAGAUCAAUCGUGAUCAAAAAUCAGAGGAGGAAGAUCUUGAACAAUCGCGACAGCAACAGACUGAUUUAACUGCGGAAGAAAAUAGACUGAAUGAUGAAAUGUAAGCCAUUGAGCAAUUGUCUACAUGAUUAAAUUUUAAAUAUUUGCAUACAGCUAUACUGUAGAUAAUAGGGUGGUUUUUACCAGAUCAUUGGGGUCCAGUGUACGGGACUCCAACAGUUUGACUUUUCGAGUUCUCGCUUUGCCGAACCAACUCGGCUAGCCGGGACAACUCGCUUCAUGUGAUCGGCCCCUAAGAGACUAACUAAUUAAGAUGCUCUAUAUGUCGAACUAACAUAAUAUUCUGGGGGAGGUUGUAUAAAACUCUUAAUCACUUUUUUAAUCACUAUUUUGUAGUUAAAUAGUGAUUAACUCUCAAAUAGGCGCUUCUUAUUGGAUGACGUUUCCACUAAAGGCCAUGCUACACGGUGCAAUUUUUCUUGCAACUUGCAAUGCAAUUCUACUCUUGAGAGAUGUUAAUCAGUGAAGUCGGUGACGAAUUUUCGAUAUGUUGAGAAAACAUCAGCGGAGUGUAAUGAAGACUCGUAUUUGGCAAUUUUAUAUCUCUCAAGAGUAGAAUUGCAUUGCAAGUUGCAAGAAAAAUUGCACCGUGUAACAUGGCCUUAACUAUAGUUAACUUUAAUCAUUUUUUUAUACAACCGGCCCCUGGAAUUUUUAUAGUUUAAUUUUUAAAAAGAAACAGAGACUAAAGUCCCUUAUUAAAGGCAAUAUGGCAACUGGCUUCAUAUUCUACACCGGUGCACAAUAAAUUGGGCUAUCCAGUACACUUAUGAGAUCAGUGAAGAGAUGACUAGCAUUAAUAUCGAUGCAUAUUUAGUGCAUACACUUAAUAGUAAUAAAUUAUGAUUUUCAAAUGUCCUCUUUAGACACCAACUGGCUGAAAGAAAACAAAAGCUUCUGGAUUACAUCAGGUUUGUACUGUAUCCAUUUGUCUGAUCGAUUCAGAUCUACCUAAAUGUUAUUUAAACAAAACAUGUUAUCCAACGUCAUUUGACGACACCAUCAACAAACUAAACUGCUCAUCAAUAUUGAUGCGAUGAUGUGAAAACGCAACUUUAACCUUGAUUCUAUAUUCGAUUCUAUCUAAAAAGGACUUCAGUGACAGUGGUUCCUUUUCUAAGAAUAAUAUGGUAAAGGGCUGUUGAUUGGGUUGCUGGUAUGGGUUUUGUAAACGAUUUAAUAAAUGCAUUGUUUUUAUUGAGUGAUUUACCGUAUUACUAUCCCUAAAUGACGUACUAGGAUUAGGGAUAGAAUUUGAGUUGGGAUUAGCGUUCGUUACACAGAGAAAAAACGCCCAGCUUGUUACAAUAUUUUGCUGCCCAUAUUGUUCCUGGUUGUUAACAAUAUUGUUCAGCCUGAACAAUGCUGAAACCUGAUAAAACCACUUCUACGGACAUAACAUCACUUUGACAUGCAAUGCAUGGGGUAAGAUUGGUCGAGAUAAUAACGUUUUUUAGUCACAAGAAUGUUUUGCAGUUUUGGCUAAUCAAAAAAUUUAAAAACCUCAUCCUUUAGCUUCUAUGAUUUAAUUAACGGUCUCUGCUAAAAUCUCUAAAAUUGUUCGAUUUCAUGAGGGGGAGUGCAAGUUGAAACGGAGCCACGCCCAUGAAUGGUGCACCACUGACAUUUGGGGGGUCAGAACGUCGAUAUUUCUUCUAGAUACUGCCCUGUAGACAUUGACCUAUUUUAUUUCUAUAGAACUAACGAAGAGAGACUUCGAAUAGAUGAAGGUGAAGCACAAAAGCUCGAGCAGCAGAUCAGGUAAAAUUCUGCAGUUGUCUCUAAUAUAUCAAGUCACACCUAAAAAUAAGCAAGCACAUACCGGACUGGGACCGGUUGUAGCUCGUAACUGCUUUUUAACUGCCCGUCUUGUGGUUAAAUUACUUAAAUUGUAGUUAACUCUAAAAGACGAUCAUAAUUACUUGACUUCCGCGUUAGUCCACAUUUGAAUUUUUCCUAUUUUAGAUAACUUUGGUAGUAAAUAGACAUAACAAAAUAUCUUGUGUCCCAACUUUUCUUGCCUCCCAACUUUUCUUGCCUGUCAAUUAUUUGCUUAAAUAAUACUCAAGGUAUGAGUAAAAACAAACAACAGAGAAUAUUAAACUAUAUAUUGAUAAUCUAAACGUUCAUUGAAUGAAUUUUCUACUGUUUACCUUUUGUUUUCUUCACUAGUGAUGCUGAGCGAAAGUACAAAGAACUCAAUGAUAAAGCGGAUGGAUAUCAAUCUCAAAUCAACGAGUCCAAGGUUGAUAAAAACGAGAAUCAACGAUUUCAAAGAAAGCAAGAACUGCUUGACAGCCUGAAACGAUUGUUUCCUGGUGUAUAUGGCUGUCUCAUUGAUCUGUGUGAACCUGUGCACAAGAAGUAAGCUUAUCAUUGUGUUUGUAUUUAAAUUGAAGGUAAAGUAAUAGAAUUGCCGAAACUUGCAAGUUGCAAAAGUGUUCAACUUUCCUCCGGAUAAAAUAUCAGGUUUUCAAACCUUCCUCAAAACAAUAUAAAUAAUAGCUUUUUCAAUUUGCAAAAUAUAUAAAUUAUUAAAAAUCGGCUUUUUAUUCCUACUGACUAGUAUUUAGCAAUGAUCAGCUGGUUGAUUGCAUUGUAAUCACAUACACAUAAACAAUACAGACUGCAUGGUGACUGCUAGCAGAUGUCUAUGUUACGGUUCCUACAAAAACACGGUCCCCAGAAAGUAGGGUCCCUCCUCACUGACCUUCAUAUAUGGUAAACCGUCCUUGACGUGACGUCAUUUUCGGAAGGUGGAAGAACUGUUAUAUGGCUACGUAACAAACCCUACCCCUAUUCUAACCCCUAACCGCAUCUCUGACCCUAACCCUAACCCUAACCAAAUUAAAAAAAAAAUCCAAAAAGAAACAACUUUAGAAAUUGAUCAAAUGACGUAACGUCAGUUUGGUAGAUGGAAAUAAGUGAAACCCACCUUCCUUUUUGCAACUGAGAGCAACCACUUUAGGUAGAAAUAUUUACCCACGUUGUCUUGUCUUUUGUAACUUAUAAGUGAAUGUUUUUGACCGGCCUUGUUUAGAUAUAAUAUAGCUAUCACUAAAGUACUUGGCAAAAACAUGGAUGCUGUUGUUGUGGACACAGAAAGGACUGGUAAAGAAUGCAUCCAAUACGUUAAAUCCAAGGUAACUCAUUCUUUAAACUCGUACCCAGGAUCUUAUUUGCUACCGCGGAGUUGAAACCUGCCUGAAGGCAAGACAGUGACGUCAUUGCACAAUGUGUAUUGAUCGCGAUCAGCUGUACGAUCGUUUUUGUUGUUUUUACAAUAAUUAAACUGCAUAUCUUUCCAUGAUAUUUCUUCGCCAGCAGACGUUCAGACCAUAAAAUUCGUGCCACAUGUCAUUUGAACUUCCAACAGUUAAAUUAUGUUUGUUCCAAUUUUAAGAUUAGCGAAUGUCAUCCAUGUAGCUACCUGUCAAAUUUUAUUCUUCAAUAGGCAAUUCCAGCUUUUAGUUUAUGCCUGCAGGGGAUGAUGGGAAGUAAGGUAUCAUAUUGCCGAUUAUGCUGAAAAUUUUCAAUAAAAACUACCGAAACAACCGAAAUAUUUCAAUAUUUACAAGUAUAAGCUAUCACUCCGUGUUUACACGGCCACCAUUUUUAUUUUUUCAGCAUAAUCAGCAAUGUGAUACCUUACUUUCCAUCGCCCCCUGCACGCAUAAACUAAAAGCUGGAAUUGCCUAUUCAUAGUGUUCCUUAAUUAAGGUGAUUCAUCCGUAUAAAUUGUUCUGGAAAUGAGAAUUUGCUGGAACUUCCUGGGGAUGAAGUUUAUGAUUUGCUCAAUCACCGACCUCGUUUCGAAGUUCCCAAAUGAUCCCUCAACACCCCUACUAUCCAAUAUUUGCACGCCUUGAAUUCACCGUCUUUGGCUUCACUUUUUUCACGGAAUGUAUUUGUUUAGGAUAUGUUUUUAUAAAUUCACUUGUAUUCCAUUUUAGAAUGGUGACCCAAUUACAUUUCUUCCUCUGGACACUAUUCAAGUAAAAGCAAUUGAUGAAAGACUGCGUCAGAUUGGUGGAGCAGCAAAACUUGUCAUGGAUGUUAUCCGCUGUGAACAAGCGCAAGUUAAGGUGUGUAGUUUUCCAUUAGUUUUCCCUUGCAUGGGGGCAGAUCUGGCAAUAAAGUGGUUAAAUGGAUCGCGUGUUCUAGUUCGAAUUCCAUUCUUCCACCCUUGAUUAAAUUUGUAUUGUGUUGUGUUGUGUUGUGUUGUGUUGUGUUGUGUUGUGUUGUGUUGUAUUGUAUUGUAUUGUACUGUAACCAUGAUAACUCUUCAAAGUUCUCAAACAAAAACAACAACCAACCGCAGUAAGUGCCACAGUUUUGCUCUGACGCCAUGUUUGCUUUUAAUUGAUAAUCUUUAAUUUGCCACCCAAAAUGGCGAAGUCAAUUACAAAUACCACUAAUCUGAAAUAAGACUGGAUAACGCAUCUAUAGUAUACAAAAGUGAAGCCGGAAGUCACCGGCCGCCACCCGAUCCUGGGGCCCCACUUUUGUAUAGAUUUGUAUUACAGACGGUAGUAAUAUUACAACUCUGAAGGAGUGGAAAGCCUCAGACUUUGUUUAUCAACGCGAGCUCGUUUUGCCACUUUAAUACAAAAUCAACUCAAAAUAUACAAGAAUUACUGUUACUGGACGAAUAUUCUCACGAAAUUUGAAGAAAUGAAGCAGCUACAUUGUGAACAAAAGCGUACAGAGGUUAGACUUUGUUUAUCAACACGAGCUCGUUUGCUACGUUCAUACAAAAUCAACUUAAAAUAUACAAGAAUUAUACUGUUACUUACUGGACGAAUAUUCUCAGGAAACUUGAAGAAACGAAGCAGCUACAUUGUGAACAAAAGCGUACUGAGGUUAGUUUUAAAAUACCGUGAGGCUACUUUUAUAAUUAUACGAUCGAAUUUAAUAAGGAACAGUUUUAAAUGUCAAUUUUGUCAAAAGCAUUUCUAGGCGACUUGUCGAGAAGUUUUAUAUGUUUUAAAGUAGGAAGACAAGUGACAAUGAAAUAUUUUUAAUCCAAAUUACAAUAAACAACGACUCAAUAUGUUAUUUUAAUUCAUAUAAUUAUGGAAGUAGCCUCAAGGUAUUUUAGAACUAACCUCUGUACGCUUUCGUUCACAAUGUAGCUGCUUCAUUUCUUCAAAUUUUGUGAGAGUAUUCGUCCAGUAACAGUAAUUCUUGCAUAUUUUGAGUUGAUUUUGUAUGAAAGUAGCAAAACGAGCUCGCGUUGAUAAACAAAGUCUGAGGCUCUCCGCUCCUUCAGAGUUGUAAAUCCCGUUUCGCGGCGUUAUAAAGCCAUAAUACUCAAAUUUUUUUGCUUUUGCUCAAAAUUCUUGUAUGCUUCUAUCGUUGUGAUUGUAAAAUUGGCCUGAUCGGAAACGUAGCCAAGGCAAAAAACGCGAAAAACUACAGUCUGUAAUACAAGUCUAUACAAAAGUGGGGCCCCAGAAUCGGGUGGCGGCCGGUGACUUCCAGCUUCACUUUUGUAUACUAUAGAUGCGUUAUCCAGUCUUAUUUCAGAUCAAUGACAAAUACGUGUUGUAACGUUAGUUGCAAGAACCUAGUAAGUCAAUUGGGAUAGAGCACAAAUUCAAAUUAUAUAAAUACUACUAAUAAUGCGUUUGUGCUAUCAGUACAUGCAUUGUAUCAUUUCCUCCUUACGAUGGCUCUGAGUACUGUACUAUAUAUACUGUUUCUACUGUACUAUCAUGUACUGGAUUGUACUUCUCCUGUACCGUGCCCUGUCCCUUGUCAUAGUUCAUUAAUUUCAUUGCAAUGUAUACCCUCACAACAGCGUGCUCUUCUGUUUGCGUGUGGUAACGCUCUUGUAUGUGACAAUGUUGAGGAAGCUAGAAAACUUGCGUACAGUGGUCAGGAAAGAAAGAAAACCAUUUCUCUUGAUGGCACCAUGUUCCAGAAAUCUGGAGUUAUAUCUGGAGGAGCGAGGUAAAACAAUAUAUAGCAUUGCUUUGGGGGGGGGGGGAUAUCCUGGGUGUGCCAAUAGAAGAUAGAGUGCUUGCAUACUGUACAUUACAAGAGUACUUUGGGCAUCCAGUUUCCAGUUUAUUGUCCUUGACGUUAUAGUUGUUGUUGUUGACUUGUUGUUUUUGUCGUCGUUGACGAUGAUGAAGAUUAAGUUUCUUGAGUUCAACAGUGCAGUCCAAGUAGCACAUUCGGUAAAGCAAAUACUAUAUGCUGACAUUCGGAACAUUGCGAUUUCCAUCAACACAUACCGAUUGUAUUUGCUUUAAAAAUACUUAUACUCAUCAAUGUUUUUGAGCAUAAAAGCUGAUGAAAACCCUUAGCCCCAUGCUGAACUUAAACCCGUAUUCCCUAGAUUGCUAACAUGAUGCUCUGCUAGUUCUAUUGGAAUAUAUAUGUUACCAUUCUUCGUAAUUUUCAUUGACUUUGAUCAUCUUUCUGUUACAGUGAUCUAAGUUCUAAAGCAAAGAGAUGGGAUGAGAAGAAUGUGGAAGCGAUGAAGAAAAAACGUAAUGACUGUUUGGCACAGUUGAAAGAGCUAGCUGCUGAUAGACGAAAAAGACCAACUUUGGAUAACCUCAAGUCCCAGAUUGAAGGUUUACGAACACGAUUGCAGUAUACACAACGUGAAGUUGAAUCAAAUGUACGUGUCACGCAUUUUCCUCUUCGCGAUCUGACUCUACGCACAGGGACGUACUCUAACAGUAGUGGACACGAAAUAUUAGGGCGCAAAUUUAGGUUGCCAGCAUCUCCCUUUUGUUGCUCAUAUAUGCUCAAACUUACUCAUGAAAAAAAAACACACUUUUAUGAAACAAAAAACCCUUGUUACUCAGGUUUACAAAAAACCCUUGUUACUCAAAGAUUUUAAGACUAUAUCGCAGGGUGGUCGCCCUCCUAAUGCCCACCACAGCGCCACUGUACUAUACUGUAAUUUGAUCACUAAUCAAAAAUUGGUAGUCAUACAUUGUAGUCAUUUGGAGACUUACUAUUGAUGUGAGAUAGCGACUCCAAAACCACUCAUUUGACCAGCCAAAUUGCCAAGCCUGUCAGUUGUGUUCGCUAACCCAUCAUAACUUACAGGCACAAUUCACAUAAUUAUAUUUGUCACAAUUAACCUUUCUCAUGCGGGUCAGAGAGUCUAGACAAUCUAAACAAUGUGAAAAGUGACUUUUCAAAGAAUUAACUGUAAAAUUACCAUAAUACACACAACUACAGUACCAUAAAAGCAACCAUAAAAAGUCAUGCUCUCAGACUUGGGAACGGCAGUGCCUGCAAAAUGUCGGACAAACCUAACGUGAGAAAGGCUAAUUAUAAUUCACAUAAUUAUAUUUGAGGGGUUAAUUUUUAUUUCUGAACAGGAAAACCGACAACGUGAUUUGAAAACGCAAAUUACACUUGGAACACAGAAUGUACAAUCUCUCAAGGUCGGUACUUCAUGUUAUUAGGGUAAUACUAUGCUACAAUAUUUCUCUGUGUAAUGUCUUGGUUUGUCAAUACAGUAUAUACGAAACAAGAUAAAUAAAAUAAAUUGAACAAAGAAUUUCUCUGAUACUAGUUAAUUGUACUCUAGGUUUUUAGGUUGAUAUAGAGAAUUCCAAACAAAACAUUUCGAAAAAUGAAAGGUUUAUGUACAGUAAUGAAUACUGUAAAUGUGAAACAAAAUUAUAUGCAAAUUACCUGGAAAUGGUCAGAAAUUCAACUUCCAAAGUUUUAUACACUGCUAUAGCAUGGAAACUUUUCAGAAAAAGGGUGGAAAUUUUGUAUGUGAGCCCUUAUUUAAUACACGCCGGUCUGCACUAUCAGUCAACUGGCCGUAACGAUUGUCGGUACAAGAGUGAUAUAUAAAUAUGAAUGGUGCUUUGAAACAGUUGACUGGUAAUUUUGUUCUUGAAUUUCUUCGGGAAUUUCAUUAAUUUACUUACGUGAAAAUAGUGAUCAAAAAUCAUAGAUAUCUUAUAUACACUAGAUAGCGCAUCUCUUUUUGUAAAAUUGAAGCCAAGAAUGUUCCAGCGGUUACCCCCAUUUGAAUAAAUGGCGGCCAUGUUGGUCGUUCCCACUUGCUAAUAAACGCUUAAAAACAACAAUAACUUUCAUCAUUUGAAUAGUUUAAAAACGUAUUUGGAUUAGGGUUAACUUAAUGUUUAUGUUCCCUGUUUAAGAAAUAGAAAACAUACGAAUCUUCUCAUUUCAUGGGAACGACCUGAGCCUGCAAUCACGGCUUCAAUUUUUGAAUUGCAGAAUAAUUAGAUGCACUAUCUAGUGUAUAUAAGAUAUCUAUGGCAAAAAUAUGUCUGUUCGGAAAACGCUUCAGUUUUGUUGGUCACAAAUCCUCUGGCUUUUGCUUUUUAUAUUUCUUCUUUAUUUACAGCCAAAUAUAAAAAAGCUUGAAAAAUCUCUGGCAGACAGACAGAAGUCGAUAACGGCGACUCAAGAAAGAAUUAACAACGUGGAGGACGAGGUAUACAUUUUUUGUUAUCAUUAAAUUACUGCAACACUUUUAAAACACGCAAUGGAGUUAAUUCUAACCUCGCUGUAUAUUCACCUAACAUAGUUUUCUUCCUGAUUAGGCUUGUUCAAAGAUACAUGUAGUUACACAUUGACUCAACCCAUUAUGUUAAUGUUAGUUUAGUUUGGAAAUUUUGAGUGUUAUUACAAGGUAUUGCCAUGAAUACAAUAAGCGUAUAAAAUGGUGAUAUCACUACUUCUGAUGGUCGUGUUCAUUUAUUAGGGACCUUUCCCUGUCUGGACUAAUCACACCCACCUAGUUUUCUAUUUAAUGAAAAAUACUUCAAAAUAUUCCCUUUGCUUCUUUCAAUUGUAAUGGUGUUUUUGAAGGUUUUCGAAGAUUUUUGUCAAUCAAUUGGCGUUGAUAACAUAAGGUUUGUUUAUUUGAAUUGUUUUAUUUACUCGAAACUUUCAGAUGUUGUGUUUUGGUCAGAUCAACAAGUUCAUUUCAGUCUUCAAUUACUCUCCCCAGGCAUGGUCUAAUACUUGCAUUUACCUCAACUUGUCAUUUAGUUUUAUUAACUCAGCUGGCGUUAGGCUGGCGAUGUGAAGCUUAUACUGUUCAAGUCCCGGGGAUGAAACUCUGGAGUUUUUCCCGAGCUUUAUGAGCUACUAUAGGCAAAGCAAGAGUUUUUAUUUUCUUCAAACAUGAUUCACAUACACAUGCAAAGACCACAUAUAUAUAUAUAUAUAUAUAUAUAUAUAUAUAUAUAUAUAUAUAUAUAUAUAUAUAUAUAUAUAUAUAUAUAUAUAUAUAUAUAUAUAUAUAUAUAUAUAUAUAUAUAUAUAUAUAUAUAUAUAUAUAUUUGUUUAUUUUUGCGUUCAGGCAAUAUGAGGAAAAACAACUGAAAACUCAACAAGAAAGAGCACAAAGGCGAUUGGAAUUUUCUAAUCAAGAAUCUAAGUUAAAAAGUCAGGUAUGGUUUGUCGUAAGUCCUGGUUUUAGAAAGAUCUAUUACCACAUGCAGAAAUGUAUAAUUUACAUGUACAAUCACAUUUUACUGUAGCUGGAAUACGAGCAGGGUCGUGACACUAAAGGUAAGUAGUCGCUCUUUAUAAUAUUGCAUAUCAUUACAUCUUUAUCGUAGACAUACUGCUCCAUACAAGCAACCUUUCCAUAUUGCUGUUGCCUAUCGAACUAUAUCGAUUCUGCAGAUUUAACCACAUUCUAUACAAAUCGUAAAACAGUAUAUUAUUAUUAUAAUUCAUUUAUAUAGCGCCAUUUCCCGUAGCUCAAUAGCGCUUAACAUUUAGUGUUAAAAAUAUACAGCCAGUUCAAAAAAGGUUGUCCUUUGCAAACCUUAAACUCUAAGCGCGCAAAGCUUAAUGGGAAGCACAAGUUCAAGCUUAGUAGUUGAAUAUUGCAGCUAUUUGUGAAUGAAUUGUUCUCAUAAAGAGAUAUUUAUCAUGUCUCUAAGAAAUGAGCCCCAUUAUGAUUUCUAAGCUGAUUAAAUGAUGCUCCCAUUAUGCUUUGCACACUUAGAGUUUAAGGUUUAGAAUUGCAAAGGGCGGCCUUUUUUUAUUAGCUGUAUACAAAGUGUUACAACAUAUAUGUACGAGGAUGCAUAUUACACAACCUCUGUCGCAGGGACUUUGCACCUGCUGGGAAAAAGACCCUGGGUACCAGGAUGCAUAUUACAUGCAUUAACUACUAAAAUUAAAGUUACUAUAUUUUACUAUAUAUUAUGUUCAAUAUAAAAUUACUUUAUGUCAUGUAUGUUGACAAUAUUAGAACAACAACUGUAUAAAAUACUAUAAAAUUAAAAAUACUGUUGUUAAAGUGACAACUUAGUCAUAGUACUGUUUAAAAAGAUAUGUCUUUAAUCUUGUUUUAAAAAUGGGCAAGGUCUCACUCUUUCUAAUAUACUCUGGCAGUUCGUUCCACAGUUUCGGUGCAGCAUAUGAGAACGAUCGUUCACCAUAGUUCACUAGUCGUACUGAGGGUACGCUAAGGAAACCUUUGGAUGACGAGCGUACAUUUACUGAUGGUGUGAAAGGUUUUAGCAUAUUAUUAAUAGAUAGUACCAACCAUCAUGAUCUGAAAAUAGCACACAAGCUAAACAGGCAUAUGGGAGGUCGACAGUAUAUGUAUAUAGUAAGUGGACCUUAUCAAGCAGCAUCGUACAACUUCACGAAGAUUUUGUAAUUCAUUUACUAAUUCAAUAACUUUCUUUAUUUUCAGCACCAGUGAGGAAACUUCAAAAAGAUAUCGAAGCGGACGAGAACAAUAUUGUGAAAUUGAAAGAAGCUGAAAAACGCGAGUUGGAGGUUAGAUAAUUCGUAUAUAUAGUUAUUCAAUAAUUAUACAGUCUCUCUAACGCCGUGUUUACACCGGGAGCGCGUUGACCUGAGUCAAGGCCAGGCAAUGUAAUGGCGAUGCAAUUAGAAAGGGACAGAGCUAGUGUCUGUAUUUUGAUUGUAUUAUAGAGAUUAUUUUAAAGAAAGCUUAUUAGAAUUUUGUCGAGGCAAUGGAGGCAAUGGAGGCAUAGGAAACGGAACAAUGAGCGGUUCGACUAAUAUAAAGGGAGAAAAGUACUGUGAAGGUUGAUUUUGGUUUAUAUAAAUGAAUUGUUUAAAUAUUUUCAGGAUAUAAAUAAAGAAACAGAUGCCCUGAGUAAAUUUCGUUUGGAACAGCAAGCAAUGAAAUCACAACUGGAUGAAAAGGUAUGCUUAAGAAGUUUCUGGAACAGACAGUAAGUAUAUAAGAAGUUACUUAUUGAAGUUAGUUAGUCCAACUUGAGUUGGAACUAUUACAGCAGAGCUGGCUUAGAACAACGACCACAUAUACGGUUGGGGCGGCACGAGUCCAUGCAUAUGAAUUAUUCACAAUGUCAAGAAUUUCAGAAUUUAUUUAAAAAUAUUUAAAAAUCACGGCUCACAAAGCAUGCUUCGUCUCGAAAAUCUGUCUUAAAAAGUGCUCAAAAAUCUCGACCACGUCUAGUCCAAGACUAAAACAUGUGAAUUACGAUGUGCUUGACAGUAUAGUCCUCCGUAGGAGCAAUAACGAUACAUUACAUAGAGCCAUUUAUACGAACGAAAUUUACUGUUUAUACGAGUCGUUCGCGACUUAUUUAAUCCGCGACUUAGUUAGGCCGCGGCUUAUUUUCGCUCGUAUAAAUGGCUCUACACUCUAAAAACACUCUGGUUAAAUUCAACCAGGAAUUGGGUUAAUAAUCCACCCAACACAUUCUGGUUAAAUAUAACCCAUUUCCUGGUUAAAAAUUAUCAAUUCAACAAAAAUUUGGUACACUUUUUUGGACUUUUAACCAGGAAAAUGGUUAAUUUUUUUUAACCAGACUUGUGUAGGUGGAUUUUUAUCCCCGUACUGGUUGAAUUUAAUAACCCAAAUUUAACCAGAGUGUUUUUAGAGUGUAUUAUAUCUUUCAGGCAAUUAUACCUUUCAGGCAAUUAUACCCCUUAAUCAUCCAAUAUCAACCCAUCCACACUCUCCGGCUGAAACCUGGACCAUGCGUCAGCUGUAGUAGUUCAAUCUGUCCUUUUUUCAUUUCUAAGGAACUCCAAGUAAAAGAAGUCAGGAAAGUGCUGAACAACCAAGUAAAAGAAGUGGGACACAAACAGAAAGAAAUAACAUCCAUUGUGAGUUUUCUACUACCAUAACAUGCGUUUUCAAGAUAUGUUGUUUGUCGGACACCGAUGGUUAUGGCUUCUCGACACAUUAAUUUUCCACCUUAUUUCUACGUUUUAAAGGAAGCGGAAAUGGAACAAAAGAGAAGUGAACGACAUGGUACGCUCAAAAGCUGCAAGGUAAUUGCAUUUGUUGUGUUUACUUUUUAUGAAAUGAUGGAAUUUACUAUGUUGUGAAAUCUCUAAUGUGAAAUGUUUACAUACCAAUACACCCGUACGGAAAGAACGUCACUUUAGCUAUAGAGCCUCGUUUUCGUGUAUCAGACGUCCGUUAAAGGCCACGUCACAAACACGAAAACGAGGCUCUCUAGCCAAGGUGACAUACUUUCCGGAAGCGUGUAUUGAGCUGUCUGUAAUGCUUAUCUUUCGUCCGCUUCAGCUUGAUAACAUACCGCUGCCUUUUAAACGUGGAAGCAUGGAUGACAUAGAACUGGUGAGGACUCUUUUACAGUAACUCGUGUGUAUUUUCUCAGUUCUGAUUUUUGCAUUUUAACAUUUGCGUAUAGUCUGGUUCAGGCUCAAGUCAAACUGAAACAACUGACUCUAUGGAAACUGAUCAGGAUGUCAGUGAGGUAAUAUUGUAAUACGAUUAAUUAGGUAACACUAUGCCAAAAUAAUGGGAAAACUGCCGAUGAUACAAUUCUCGGGACAUCAAACAAUCCUAUCAUUACUGGCUAGGUCGGCCUACAUUAUCACAAUAGACCCUUCUGGAAAGUACCUGGCUAUAGAGCCUGGUUUUCGGCAUCACGACAUCGCAUUUAACGGUUUCAGGAAUAUCUUAACACCUAAAGUUGCGAUAAUAUGACAAAAUAAAACGAAAACUGUUAAAGGGGGAAGUUUUGUGGGCAGAUUAUUAAGAUAUUACUCCUGAACGACAUAUGUCGAUGUCGUAAAAGCGAAUCCGGUAUCGUGUAACUGGGCCUUAUUAUAUCAAGGUAUUCUAUAUAUUAUGUGCUAUAGAUAAAACAUGAGCAGCCGAUCUGUAUCUGAUAUAAAAACUUGAGCCGAAGGCGAGAGUUUGUAUAUCAGAUAAAAGUCGGAUGCGAAUGUUUUAUCGUGCUUAAAAAACGACCCAUCUUAUGAGUUCAUUGGCGAAGUAAUUUUAAAAAUAAACACUGUCUAAGCCGAGAAAAUCAAAGCUGAAGUUUAUGUAAAUCAGGACAAAUCUUUAUCCGAUUUACAAGCAUUGAUUAAACAUUCAUUUCUUUUGUAUUUUCCUCGUUUUUUAACUGAUAUUAUAACUGUAUGAUUUCGUAAACUUGUCACCUUUAACAAGAUAAAGGCUCUAAACUCAAUAUCUCUAAUCACGAAAACGAGGCUCUAUAUAUCCAAGGCUGAGUACUUUCCGGAAUGGUGUAUUGUAUAGUAUCUGCAGAUAUGUUGAUUGGGUGUAUAUUACAGUAGUACAUAAAAUGUCUCAUUGUGCACCUCACUAUCGCGGUGGUAUGAACGCUGGUACGUUAAGCCUUAUCCUUGAAUUCGAUUGCCGCUUGGGAUAUUUAGAAAUUAAUUUUAAAUUAAGCAAGUGAUUCGAGUUAAAUUGGUUAGCAUAAUUAUCUAGUUGCAUUGCUAACAUGUUCUUUCUUUCAGGGAACCCGUGCAUUGGUCAAAGAAUUAGACAACAUACAAUUAGACUACCAUAGUUUGAGAAGAGAUCUUAAAAAUGUAAGUAUACCAUGUGACUACUCUACAAUCACUCUCAUUUCGUUUAGUAAGAAUUUUACUCAUUCAUAGUCAUGGUGUAACGCAAUUUAUUAUGGUUUACGUUUGCGAUUUUAUUUCUUAUGGUUUACGUUUGCGCUUUUGUAGAAGUAUUAGUAAUUGUAUAUGGAUUCGAGUACAAUUUGGAAAAAACAUGCACGAGUGAGUUUUUCAAAGAUGAUGAAGUCUUUGAAAAACUCACGAGUGUUUGUUUGUUUCAAAUUGGAGGAGAAACCAUACUAUUAUACUUACUAAUAAAUACACAAGAAAAAAUUAUGCAGAAUCAAAUUCAUUGUCACUUGCAUGCAAAAAACACAUGCGAAAUAAAUAAAUUACUCAUUUCAGUCAUUUGAAUGAUACAACCAAAUAUAAUAUCAAAAUUCUGCAUUUUAUUUUUAGCAGUGUAUUUCGAUAAAAUUACACUCCUAAUCGAGUAAUUUUUCAUGUAUAUUAUUACACGACUAUAAUUAGCUAUUAAUCUAGAAUUUUGUCCUGUGUGGCUCAGACAAAGUAAUUAGGAGAAUGUUAGUGCUAGUUUCGAUGAAAACAUUCUUCCAUUUAUGGCCAGAUCCUGUUGCAAGCGGAACAGUGUGUCCGAUGCAUCCAUAGUUAACAUUCAAUUAUGAACUAUUAUUACAGAUUGAGGGUGCAUCAGAAGUACGGAACAUGGAAACAGAGAUAUUUAAUAAACUAAACAAAUUAGAAACAACACUACAAAGAAUUCAAGCUCCAAAUAUGAAGUCUAGAGAAAAGUAAGUCAUACGCCCAAGUGCGGUUGCGGACUUUAGGGCGGACAAGGAGGACACCGCCCCAUCCCACCCAAUCAUCUCCGAAAGCUUUGGAAUGAUUGCUGAGUAACUGUGUAACAAAACUUUGACUGGCAAUGAUUUUACCCUGAACUCUGAAAACCUUGAUAGGCUAAUUUAAUAAAUAGUUCAUAAUCAUAAACAGUGAGACAUGAAUCCUAUAAGGGGCGGACCAUUAGAAAUCCCGGGAGGGGGGGUAUAAAAUUUUUGUGGCACGAAUUUUUUUUUCAGUCUCAUGUCUCUGCAGGAUUUUUUUUUAAUGCAUUUAACCUCUGCACGAAUUUUUUUUCAAGACUAUUUGUACUUUGCUGUUUGCUUGCACGAUUUUUUUUUUCUCUGAUGUAAUGGCUGCACGAAUUUUUUUUCCAGGCAUUUUUCUUUGCACGAAUUUUUUGGGGGGAAUUUUCACCCCCCUCCCGGGAUUUCUAAUAGUCCGCUUCCGCCCCUAACCAAUAUUUGGGAAAGUGUCCACCACUGACCAAGUGUGAACAUGUAGUGUUAUUGAUCGCAGAUCAUGUGGUGUAAUGGACUAACCAGCACCAACUCUACUUAUACUGAUUAGCGUAACUGUAGUAUACCGUACCAUAUUGGUGUAGUGUUACAUUAGGAUUAGGAUUACAUUAAUAUUUCAGUAAAAGCUAUUUAAAAUAUCACAAUAACAAACAGCAUAAAAAUAUUAGAAAUCUCACCUACCUACGAAAGUUCCGAUAAAAAUGUCUGCUUUUUGCACAAAAACAUUCACAAAAAGCCCUUCAUUCGUCUUGCCGUUUCUUAUUUUUAUUUGUGUAUUUAAAACUGCCGCUUGCUGUAAUAUUACUCAUCGCGGGCUCAACCUACACAUAACUCAUACCUGGUAGCAUAUAACUGUUAUGUGUAGGUUGAACCUGGUUGCGUGAUUUCCAUAUUUAGCUGAAAGCUGUCGGUCAGUCAGAAGACACGUAGUGAUUACAAUGUAUAAUAUUUACAUGACUGCAAUACUGUAACCUAUAAAUAGCUGCAUGAUCAAAAUCGCUUAAUAUGAUUUCAAUUGUUGGUCAUUUAGGUUCGAAGGUGCAACAAACAGGCUACAAGAGACGAGCGAACUUUGCGACAGAUCAAGAGAAAGAUCAAGAAAAUCAAAAAUGGAAUUCGAUAGCGUUAGACGUAAAAGGUGAGUAAAAGUAGAAUUGUAAUGACGAAAUAAUUUGUGAUUAAUCCUUCGUUUGUUUUGCUUUCACAAGCUUCCAUAACUUCCAGGUUGCUAGCAUGACGAAGCCUGAUGCUCUGGUAAUAAAUACUGCAUGGUAUUUAAGCCUGGUCCCUACAGAGAGAGUAAAGUUGGUCUGACAGAAAGAUAGAAACAUAACAACAUAGAGUAGCACCAAAUAAAACAAUUCCUUGUUUUUGUACAAUAUACUAAGCUUUUAUUUAGAGUAUUCUUAAUCUAAAAAACCUGCCUCUAAAAAACCUGCCCAUAUAUUCAAAAUAUAAAUUUCAUGAACUCCAUUGUAGCGGUGGACCCUAAGGAGGGGGGCAUGUAGGGAGGGUGGGGUUAAUUAUUUUAAAAAUCUUUGAAUGAUAGCCGAGUAACUGUGUUGAAAGAUGUAAACAAUAAUUUUUCAACCAUUAAAGCAUUCGUAGGCUAUACAUUGUUUGGUCUUCGCAUGGGACUCGUCGUUGACUAUACCUUCAACCAUAUUUAAAUUAAGUGUUGCUCAGUUUUUCAAAAGCUUGCUUGUGCUAAUUUUAUAGCACUUUUGCUAAUUAAUAAAUAAAUAAAACUAAGCUAAAUAUUGCGUGGGAAUUUAAGGUAACAAAGUUUAAAGAACUAAGAUUGCCAGCAUAAAAAAGGUGGUCGUAUGUUGGCAUCUUAACACCUCCCCCACCCCACCCCCCUUUGGUAACGACAAAUCCACAAUUAUCGCUUGGCUGCCAUGCCCAUGAUGUUCUUUUGUAUCAUUGAGAUACAAAUCUGUUCUGAUUUAGAUACGAGCGAUUCAUGGAAGCAUUCGAACACGUCGCCAAUCGCAUUGACGAGAACUAUAAGGUUUGCUAUGUACAAUUUAGAUGCCACUCAUAUUUGAAAAACAUAACAUUCGGCUGUCGCCACGUCUUUUAAAUCUGAUAAAGCACUUCUGCUUGUGUUUUAAAAAGUACUUAACACCCAGAAUUUCAAUAAAGUAUAUAUGUGCUACCUUAAGCCCAUUUUCCACUAGGCGAAUUUGUUCGCACGAACAGUAAAAAAGUAGGAACCGAUCCAAUUUUUUCGCUGACCAAUCACAUUGCCAAGAUUGUUUUUCGCUUCGCGCGAACAAAUUCGCCUAGUAUACGUAGUUCUGCCAUUCGUGAGCAUUAUAUAUUAUAACCGUUGCCAAUAUUUCUAGUUCUUAUUUAUUUUCUAGGAACUCUCAAAUUAUUCGAGUGCGCAAGCAUUCUUAAGUCCAGAAAACGCCGAGGAACCGUAUUUAGAAGGUAUUAAUUACAGCUGUGUUGCACCGGGUAAAAGGUAUGUUAACUUUCAAAAAUUAUCUACUAUUCUAAGAUGCAAGACCUUUUUGAAAGAAAAUCUUUCUUAAAGUAGAUCUAUAACAGCAUGGAUUGAUAACAGCUACAAAGGAAAAUGAUCUGCAUUGUAAUUUUUGGUAAAUAUCAGGAUUUGGGGCAUCUCACUCGAUACAACGAACUGUUAAAGGAUUUUGUAGAUGGAAAUUUCGAGUGUAAAUUUUAUACUUUUACUAGACCUGACCUGGAGCUUAGACCUGAUCUGGUGUAUACAUUGUUUUCCUGUGGAUAGUAGACUAAAAUAGACAUAUGUGUUAAAGGGUUUUGGUUGAUGAAAAUUGCGAGCGAAAAUUAUGUACAUAUUUUAGUACAGGGGUACAUAUGACAAGGAUAAAUUUGUAUGUUCUCCUUGCUAAUAAAACCGCGUUAACCACAUGCGGCCCUUGUCUCUCAUGCUUCUUGAAUAUAUGUCAUUUGCCUCGGAAGUGUAAGAUAGGGAACGAAAGUCAACUUUUUCAUGUGCUUGCGUUUUUACCACUUCUAUAUGUAUUUAAAUUAAUAUCUUCAAGAAACAAUAUUUAUUAGAUUCCGACCAAUGGACAACUUAUCUGGUGGUGAAAAAACGGUUGCUGCACUUGCUUUACUCUUCUCAAUACGAAGGUUUGUGUCUUGAAAUGUUUUCUAUAUUAUCACUAAACGUAGCUGCAAGUACCCAACCUCAUUCUCAGGGCUUUUAGUAAAGCGUGGUGGAGCUCGUCCUCCCCCUGCCGUGCACCCACCCUCGCAGAAAACCCCGAGGGCGAGUUUUGCACACGAGAUAUACAUGUGUAUGGUUCUUCAGAACGAUACUCUGGCCUGAAGAUAAUCCGGAGCAGAUCUGUACAGAGAAUGAAUUGCGAAGAAUGAAUUUCUUGUCUGAUAUGCCCUGCUGUGCAAAUGUCUCCAUUGGGAAUUGACUGUGAGAUAUAUUACCUUCUUUUAUAGUUGUCAACCGGCGCCAUUUUUCGUUCUGGAUGAAAUAGAUGCAGCUUUGGAUAACACGAACAUCAACAAUGUAAUAUUUUUUUACUUGAAUGUAAUUACUCUUCCUUUAUAUGCCCAACGACCAAUUUUACAACAUCAAAAUGCAUCCUUCCAUAAAACAGCGCUAAGGGUUUUUUCGCGGAUGGAAAGGAAAUGUCGAAUGAAGAUCUAUAUAUAUUUAAAACAUCUAUCCUGGGGCGGUUGCGAAAAUGCAACGAGGCCCACUUGGCCUCCUUUUCGGGUAUACAGGGACGCGCGUCCCCAAAAACAAAAAUUACAGUACAUUUCAUGGUAAAUAUCGCGAUUUUCGAAAGCUUAUUAUUUGAAGGGUAUUCAUGUAAACGUCUUCUUCAAACUUUGUAUACUUAUUAAUUUUGAGGUGUUCUUUUUAGUGAUUUGGUUCAUUUCGUAAUUUGGGCACUUUUAACACUCGUCUCCAGACCUCUCAUCAACUUCGGAAUGGCUAAUAUUCUAGCGAGACGCCCAACCCGACGUAAUUAAAAAUGUAUACGUUUUAUCGUUUACAUCCAGGUUUCGUCGUACAUCGAAAAACAAACUAAAACGAACUUCCAGUGUAUAGUUAUCUCGUUAAAAGAAGAGUUCUAUUCACGAGCGCAAGCACUGAUUGGAAUUACAUGCGAAGUAAGUGUAUUCACCCAGAGCCGCCGAGAGGGGGGGGCAAAUUGCCCCGGGCCCCGAGGUGCUGGGGGGCCCUGAAAAAAAUUUGUUGGGCCCAGUCUUUUUUCUGUGUUAAAUAUUUCCGCGCAAAGGACAACAUAUCUGUUUUAUUGGGCUAAGUACCAAAAUUAGGUAUAGAAAAAUGAGAUAAAGUCCCUUGAAAGUGUGUGCAACGUACUCGUCCGGAAAAAUUUUUGACCCCUAAAAUGGUACACUGACCGAAAUUUUUUUUGCGACGGGGGGGGGGGAGUUGUUGUCCGGAAAAAAAAUUUUCCGGAAAUUUUUUAUUCAAAAAGGGGGCCCCCUAAAAAAAAUUUGCCCCGGGCCCCCGCCAACCUCUCUGCGGCACUGUAUUCACCUGAUAAUAUGUCAAGACGAAACUAUAGUUAUAAUUUCGCAAUCUACGUCUGUUGGCUAUGGGUCCUGACGCAUUGUACUGGACCCCUUCCAACUACUCGGCCACAUUUUCACCCUAAUAACUGACACGAGGCUGAAUGCCGACUGUCGGUUCGAGGGAAAUAUAUACUCAUGCGCGAAACACGAGUAUGUUAUCUAAGUUGCUGUCUAGGAAGGCAGCACAGUCUCCGGGAUAAAUAGAUGAAUAGCAUCAAUUGUCAAAAGUGUACAAAUUGAUAAUCAUCUAUCUAGGGGAAACUCUAACCCUAACCUGUAACCCUAAUCCUAAUCUAACCCGAAUCUGAAUUUGGCGACCUUUCUUUGUAAAUUUUACACACCGUCCUAUAUGGUCUUCGCGAGUUCUACAGGGUUCGUAUAGUGGUCUUUGAAAUCCUUGAAAGUCUUUAAAUUUGAAUGCAGGUCUUUAAGGUCUUUGAAAAGUCUCAUGGUCUUCGCGAGUUCUACAGGGUUCGUAUAGUGGUCUUUGAAAUCCUUGAAAGUCUUUAAAUUUGAAUGCAGGUCUUUGAAAAGUCUUUGAAUUGUGUGAAAAAGCGAAGAAAGUCUUUAAAUUCUUUAGUGAGUAUUUGAUUAUACGAUUUCCUAGCUAAUAAAAUAGAUUGAUUGAAACAAGAUUUUCGCAAAUAUCGACGAAAAGGUGCAUUUUAGGAUGUGUUUUGACAGGACUAAUUACCGGGUAAAAAUGGUGCUUACACUCGCAAUUUUUCGACAGCUGAUUGCUCUCAAAGGUCUUUGAAAAGUCUUUCAAAAUAGGCAGAAAAAAUCUUUGAAAGUCUUUGAAUUUUUUUGGUCUUGGAGACUACGAACCCUGUUCUAAUACCGCACGUUAUUAUAUUUAUGUUUUCGUUCCUUUGUUUCUAGCCUGACCAAGAAUGUACAGUGAGUCGAGUGUUCAGUUUGGACUUAACUAAAUAUAGCGACUGAGUUAAUAAGGUGGUUUAGUUCAUCAACAAAUUACCCUUGUGCAUGCCUGUUGAUUGUUAGAACGUAUUUUAAAAAUAUAAUCGAAUUAGCAUGUCUUGACUUUUGUUUAUUGUUACUAUGUAAAAACAUGCAUUUGCAUGGGCUUUUUAAUAAAUGCUACCUUUUGUUA